AUGCUGUGCGGUAAAAUUCAAAUUCAGUUUAGAAUAACAACAUUACAAUUUUAAAUUAAAAAUGAGCAGCAAAGCAGCGCAUAGCCUUUAUCGCUUACGUGCCAAUCAAACUUUAUUUAUGCUGUGCGAUAUACAGGAAAAAUUCAAGCCUGCCAUACCACUGUUCGAUGCGCUAGUUGAAAAUACAAAAAAAUUGCUGGAGGCUGGCAAGAUAUUAAACAUGCCACUGCUGGUAACGGAACAGUAUCCAGAGCGACUUGGCAGCACUGUUUGUGAGCUGGAUGUGAGCCACGCCUGUGCCAAAGUGUCCAAGACCAAGUUCAGCAUGUACGUGCCGCCUGUGCAGAAGAAGAUGCAGGAGAUAUUUGGUGGCAAACCGAAGACAGCAGUGCUCUUUGGCCUGGAGACACAUGUGUGCAUUGAGCAAACGGCCUUUGACCUUACCAACAAUGCCAUCAACGUUUGGCUGGUGGCCGACUGUUGUGCCUCACGCCUAAAGCAGGACAGAGACUUGGCCUUGCAGCGCCUGCGGGACAUUGGCUGCAUGAUCUGCACUACAGAGAGCGUCAUAUUCAAUAUGCUGGAGGAUAAAAACCACGAUUCCUUUAAGGACAUAGCAGCGCUGGUGAAGAAAGUGUCGGCUGAUUUGAAAAUUUGACAGCCCAGUAAAGUAAAGCGGCGCUUUUUAUGUAUUUGAGCCUCCGGCUGUUGCCAUUAAGGUUGCAUUUUUGUGUAGCUCAUGGAAAUUAUGAAAGAAGGGACCACAAAUAGAAUAGGGCUCUGCAUUGGGCUGG